AUGGAAUUCUGUCGUUAUUCAUUCGAAAGAUUCGAAGAAGGAAGAUCUCGUCGUGUGUACGACAUAAUUACAGGUGAUGAAUCUUGGUUUUAUCAUUUCGAUCCUGAAACUAAAGAACAAUCCAAAGUUUGGGUGUCGAAAACUGAUCAGCGUCCAACGAAAGUUCGUCGAAACCGAAGUUCAGGCAAACGAAUGGUUGCAUUUUUCUUCAUGAAAUCGGGUUUAAUUAAAUCAGUGACAUUAGAAUCUGAUCAAAACAUCACUGCUGCAUGGUAUGUUAACCACUGCUUGCCGCAACUGUUCGAAGCCGUAUCUCAAAGAAGAAAAAAGAGCGCUCUACGAAAUUUGAUUCUUCACGAUGACAACGCACGACCGCAUCGGGCAUGGACAACGACCGAAUUUUUAACCCAAAACUCUGUCGAAUCAUAUCAAAAUCCUCCUUACUCACCUGAUCUAAGCCCGUGCGACUUCUUCCUGUUUCCAAGAUUGAAAAAACAAGUACGUGGAAUCCAGUUCGUCGACGACAAUUCAAUGCUGCCAGCUUUAGAUCAAGCCAUCGGUAGUCUAACCGCAGACGAUUUCAAAAACUGUUUUAAAGACUCGUUUGUUCGAAAAGAGAAGUGUAUUGAUGUUCAGGGACAAUACUUUGAAAAAAUAAACUAG